AUGAGCAAAGAGACAAGUCCAAGUUACAAAUUGCAGUUGCUAGACGUUUCAUUUAAGGUCUGCAAGAUCAAAGCCGACAGUGGAGUACUGAUCAAUCAUGCCGAAAUAUUGAAGGACAAGACGGCCAAAUAUCCUCUGACCAGAACCGAAGUGAAAAUGAGUACCUGUCCCAAGGGAUCUGGCACGUUUAUCUGGCAGAACGUGUGGUCCAACACUCUACCGACCAAAGCUCUUUUCUGUUUCGUGUCACAGACGGCGGUAAAUGGGAACUACGAGAAAAAUCCCUACAACUUUCAGAAUCUGGCAGAGGAAAUAGCUCUCUACGUUAACGGCGAGAGCUUGCCUUCCAGACCCAUGAAAAUCGAUACAGGACUUAAUCAAAAUUACAUUUCGCCUUAUGUCAAUUUGUUUGAGGUGGCAGAGAAAUGGAAUAAAGAUGCAGGUCUACAGAUUAAAAGAUUCAUGUUUGGAAAAGGCUAUGCCAUUUAUGCUUUUAGCCUGGUCCCUGACGACCUGGGCGAGGAGUAUUUAAACCUGGUGAGGCAAGGGAACGUGAGAUUAAAGGUGAAGUUUGCUGCCGAUACAAUCGAAACACUAAAUUGCUUGGCUUACGCAGAGUUUCCGGCUCUCUUGGAAGUGGAUUAUUCCCGCGACAUCAAAUACACCAGAGUAUGA